AUGAAGUCCGUCAUCGCCGCUAUUCCCUUCAUCCUCAUGGGCUCCACCACCAUGGCUGCUCCUCUCGAGAAGCGUGCAUGCCCCAACAUCCAUGUCUUCGGAGCACGUGAAACUACUGCGCCUGCUGGAUAUGGAUCAGCAGGCACAGUCGUCAACCUCAUCCUGAACGCUCACCCCGGCGCAACCGCCGAAGUCAUCAACUACCCAGCUGCUGGAGGCAACAGCUACGCAUCCUCCGUCCAGGCUGGAGUCAAGGCUGUCACCAACCAAAUCAACAGCUUUGCCGCAUCUUGCCCCAACACGCAGCUGGUUUAUGUUGGAUACUCUCAGGGAGCCCAGAUCGGUGAUGACGCUCUCUGCGGAGGUGGUGACCCCAACCAGGGCAUAUCCAGCACUGCUGCUCCCAUUUCCAGUGCUGUUGGAAGUAAGGUGAAGGCCAUCAUCUUCAUGGGUGACCCUAGAAACAUUCCCGGUGGUCCCUACUCUGUCGGCACUGCAAAGAACCCUGGAUUUGACCCCAGAGCCUCAGGCUUCACUUGCUCUGCAUACGCAAGCAGAAUCCAGUCUUACUGCGACUCUGCCGAUCCUUACUGCUCGAACGGAAACGAUGCCAACGUUCACCAAGGAUACGGUCAAGAGUAUGGUCAGGCUGCCCUCAAGUUUGUCAACAGCAAGCUUACCUGA